UAAACAUGGCUUUCCUUGUUGCGGUUCAUUUGAAUAGUGAAAAUUCGUGGGAAAGUGUUGUCAAAAACAUACGUGUAUUCCAAAAACCGGAAGUUGCUAAAAACGUCAAUAUCCGGUCACGUGGUGUCUAGCGUAAGAAAAGUUGACAUCUUUGCGUUGCAACACGACAUUCAUCUUUCCCUAUUCCAUGUAAACUUUUCACUUUCGUUGCCGAUAACUGUGUUUCGGUACACAAAAAUAGUGGUUUGAGGUUAUGGGUAAGUGUUGUUCAGUUUGUGUGGGUGACUCAACUACUGAUACAGCUCAACGAAAGCCUUCGCAGCAAACCACAAACACUGUUACAAGUAGGACGUUUAAUCACUCGUAUCCACCACACGCCAGCAAAAUGCAUGAACCGUUCAAUAGCAAAGCGGCGGAGAAAGACGUAGUGGGGAAAAAUACUUCAAAUGAUGUUGUGAGAACGUUCACCUUUUCGAAGCAAGAGGUUGACGAAUCAAAGAUCGCCGCUCUAUUUGCUAAAUAUAAAGACGACACUGAAGAUUCUAUUCUUGCAGAUGGAAUGGAGAAAUUCUGUCAAGACUUAGGAGUUGAUCCUACAGAGUUUAUCGUCCUUGUUCUGGCGUGGAAGUUCAAUGCUUCGCAAAUGUGUCGCUUUACGAGAACAGAAUUCUUUGACGGCUGUAAAGCCCUCAAAAUAGACUCCAUAAAAGGCCUGCAAAAUAAAUUUCCUGAACUAGAAGCAGAGGUGACGAACGACGUCGAGAAAUUCAAAGAUCUAUAUCGGUUCACGUUUAAGUUUGGACUUGAUGUAGAAGAAGGCCAAAGGGCCUUACCAAAGAACAUCGCGCUUCCCCUUUGGAAACUGGUCUUUUCAAGGAAAGUUCCGGCAGUGUUAGAUCGAUGGUUUGCCUAUUUAGAAAAUAGGCAACUACGGGGAAUUUCACGAGACACUUGGUAUAUGUUUUUAAAUUUCACCGAAGCGAUCGAACCGGAUUUCGAGAACUACGAUGACUCCGAAGCAUGGCCGAGUCUUUUCGACGAUUUUGUAGAAUCCGAAAGAGAAUUAGUCAAGCAGCGUGCGAAGGAUGACGCUGCAAUUUACGAGGAAAAGCAAGAAAACGGGAUUAUCAAGGAAGAAAGUUCAUACAGUUUCUAGACUUUGACUCUGUCUGAAAAUGUCGUAAUGCUUUGGCAGUAAUCCUUUGUAGUGAUCCUAAAUACCUUCGAUCUUUUCUGGAGCUACAAGGAAAAAUGUGCCAUGGUUAGAGCGGAAUUAUUUUAUCCAGAAGUGACGAUUCCUGUUGGGUUUACUGCGUUCUAGAACCACGGGGUAGUUUAUUUAGGGAAUGCUUCAUUACUCGAAGCAGUAAACAAAGGUUGCGAUCAGAGACCGCGGACAUUGUUGACAAUGCAGUCGGUGCUUUGUUUUGGAAACGGCUUCAAUAAACUAAAAUUCCAAACUUAAAAAUUUCAUUUUCGUCGACAUCGAAAACGUCUCUUUUUUUAUCCACCAAAUAUCGUAAAUAUAAAGCUUACAGUAAAGCCAGUUUUAGCGCAUUGGUUGAUCCAUUGGUUUACCAAACCAUUGGCCAAGUUUUGAAACAAGAGGUUUAAAACUAAUUUAUUUUUAAAUUUAUUAGCAAGUUUUAAAUGCCACAUGCUCAAAAUCGUUUAGCAGUCCGCCGACAGAUUAUUGAAAUUUCGCUGAAAUUAUCACUGAAGAGAGGUAUAGAUACGUAAUAUUCUCUUGAAAACAGCUGUAAGUCUGCAAUAUUAAUUAGUGUACAAAAUGCAUUGAGAAUGCAGAACCUUUUUUAUUAUGGAGUUUUACACUUUUGCUAUUGACAAGGAGUGAUCAACACCUACGUCCCCCUUGCAAUAUCAAGACAUUGUUAAGCAGACGGGCGAGAGACUGAAACAUGUUCUCUAGAUAUACCAUGGAAUUCUCAAAACUUGCUUGUAAAGAAAUACACAGUGUUCUGUAAGGAGAACGAGUUCUUUCAUUUUUUGAAGACAGUAAAUUAACUGGUCUGUUAAAUUUAAGUAGCAGUCUUUAUCAAAGCCAUUGAAAAUAAAACUUUUAUUUUGUUCAA